AUGUCUCUCCAACACUUCGAUGGUUUGGAAAUUCCGGCUCCUGCUGAUUUUCAUGUUCAUCUUCGCGAUGGACCUAUGAUGGAGCUGGUUACACCGACUAUCAGACAGGGAGGUGUCAACACCGUCUUCGUCAUGCCCAACCUGGUACCUCCAAUCACCACCGUUAAACACGCCUUGGACUACAAGAAGAGACUUGAAGCCAUUGAGCCAAAUGUCAACUUCCUCAUGUCUUUGUACCUGCACCCCGACAUCACUCCCGAAGUGGUCAAGGAGGCUGCUUCCGCAGGUGUUACGGGCAUCAAGUCCUACCCAGCCGGCGUGACUACAAACAGUAGUGCUGGUGUCGUCAGCUACGAGCCCUUCUAUCCUGUUUUCGAGGAGAUGGAGCGUCAGAACAUGGUUCUGAACCUGCACGGCGAAGUCCCCGGAUCCAAGGACAACGACAUUACCGUGUUGAGCGCCGAAGAGGCCUUCCUUCCCACGCUCAAGGACCUCCACAGGCGAUUCCCUAAGCUCAGAAUCAUCUUGGAACACUGUACCACCGCAGCUGCUAUCGAGGCAGUCAAGUCUUGCGGUCCCACCGUCUCGGCUACCAUUACUGCUCACCAUCUCUUCUUGAUUGUUGACGACUGGGCUGGUGACCCGCACUCAUUCUGCAAGCCUGUGGCCAAGACCCCCAAGGAUCGUGAAGCUCUGCUUAAGACUGUUGUUUCGGGCAACCAGAAGUUCUUCCUCGGCACCGACAGUGCUCCUCACCCCGCUAUCAACAAGCGUGGUGACAAGGUUGCAGCUGGUGUUUUCACGCAGCCUCAUGCAGUCGGGUAUGUGCUGUCUGCCUUGGAGCAGGGCAUUGAGCGCGGCGUUCUUAAGGCAGAUGAUGUCACCGAGGAGAAGCUCAAGGGAUUCCUUGGAUUGAAUGGUAGAAAGUUCUACGGAGCUGAAGACAAGAAGGGUGAGAAGGUCGUGUUGAGAAAGGACGCCGUCAAGGUGCAGAGUCUGCUGAAGAACGCUGAUGGCAGCGUCGAGGUUGUUCCUUUCAGACGCGAUCAAAAGAUCUGGAGCGCCGAGUGGAAGUAA